AUGUUACCUGAGCCAAGCAAAGGAAAGAAGAAGCCAGAUAUUGAGGACAAGGACAAAGCAAAAAAGAGUGACAAGCGACGAAAUUCGCUUACUGAUUCGUCAACGUUCUCAACUUCCACGUCGUCGAAUAGCAGUAGUGUAGACAGCGACGAGGCAUUUCGGCGACCGAUUAGAACCGAUAACACUGCAGCCGAAGAAUAUCGACGACUUCAUGGUUUCAGGAGCAUAGCAGAUGAUAUUAAUAAUGCAUUCGCGGUCGAAAACAAAAAUCACAGUCCUACUGCCGACAACAAUACAAAACCUGCUGUGAUUCAGACCAAAAAGAGGGUUGAAAAACUACGAAAGGAGCGCGAGAAGAAGGACAGAAAGGAACGCGAAAGAGCUGCAGCGGCCAAGAAAGAAGUGGAAACACUUGAAGCGAACCGACAGUCAGCACUGUUUGAAUGCGAAAAGGAACGAUGUGUUAGAGAAAUGGUUAGGUGUAACCAGCGCCGUGGUCAACAUACUCUUGGACCAGUUCAUUACGGGUCGACCAGUAUGAUGGCAUCAAUGGACUCUUCUUCUUCUACACCCAACGAAACGAUCCGAUUGGCCAAACAAGAAGAGAAGCUCCGGGCCUGCGUUGGUUUCGGAAUCGCAGCCACUGGAGUUUAUGAUUGUCUUCCGAAGAUUGCUUGUGCUAGAGUGGCAAAACCGCCUUAUUAUUCUGAUCUUGUUGGAGCGCAUAAAGAAAACUGGAGGGAAAGUUACCAAGACUCUUAUUUACGGGAACAUAACCACAUUGGAGCGCUUUAUGUGGAGAAAGAUGCCUUAGAAAGUGUGGCAUUUACGCUAGAAACGAUCGCUACCAUGGUCAAUUCUGUUUAUUCGAAUAAGUGGCUUAGAAAACUGUUAAUACUAGUUUUACGAGGAAAGAUUCGAAAGGUUUGGAAAAGAAUAAUGAUUGUUGCUGAAAUACUGCGUGAUCAUAAAAGUCAUAAUCAUAAUUUCAAUUUGUAUGGACUUACACCUAUGGUUGAAUUCAUUAUGGAGGGUAUUGUAAAUUUAACGAAAGAUUAUGAAGGAAAUGCCAAUGUGGCCAUGUAUUUGUCUUCCCAGUUCGCUGAACGCAAGCCAUGUUUCUUACAGAAACACUGCCAAUGUCUGAUGCUUGAUCUGAUAUUGUCUUGUUUGUCGCCAUCUGGAUCUGGUACAUUGUUGACAGAAAAGACUCAUGCAUGCCAUCGACAAGCUAUUCACUUUGCUGCUAUCAGCGGCCAACCAUGUCAAUUGAAUGUUUUAAUGAAACAUGGUACACCAUGUAAUGAGUUUGAUAGAGCGAAGCAGGCUCCCAUACACUACCUCGUUGAACGGAACAAUGUGCUUAUGGUUCGACAGCUCAUGUGGUACGGCUCUGAUAUGUCGUUGGUGGAACAAUCUGUAUCGAAAGUCCCAUCGGAACUAUUCAAUGUUGACAAUGGCGAAGUUCGAGUUUUCCACAAGUUUCCACGUUUACGUUUAGAAAGUUUUGAUUGUCUUCUUUUUUAA